GAACUCUCCUUCGGGAACGCAGACAUUUUCGACCGCGGACGCGAGAUCCAGAUUUUCUCGCGUCCAAACACUCCUUUUUAACCACCACCGAUCCCUCUGUUUCCCUGUCUGAAAUCGGCCCCCCUUCUUCCUUCUCGAAGAAUCCAAUCAGCGAAUUGUAACCCUAUACAUAGCUCCAAUGGCCUUCAUCGAAAACUCUCGCCAGUCACUCGUUCCGAGCUUCCUCUACACAACGCCGGUUUCGAAGAAGCUCUUUGAUGUGGACACUUUGGUGCGCGGGAACCCUACCUUGCCUACGGCGUCGUCGAAUGGAGGAGCGUCCAAGAGUUUCAUGAUUCCGGCUCCGAGCGAGCCGGGGAAGAUCGCGAUGUUCUCACCGGCUUAUUACGCCGCGUGUACCGCCGGAGGGACCCUUUGCUGUGGUCUCACUCACAUGGCCGUUACUCCUCUCGAUCUCGUCAAGUGUAAUAUGCAGAUUGACCCUACAAAGUACAAGAGCAUCUCUUCUGGAUUUGGAGUAUUACUCAAGGAGCAGGGAGUUAAAGGCUUCUUCAGGGGUUGGGUACCAACCCUGCUUGGUUACAGUGCUCAGGGAGCCUGCAAGUAUGGGUUCUACGAGUUCUUUAAGAAAUACUACUCAGAUAUUGCUGGUCCUGAGUAUGCAACCAAGUACAAGACAUUGAUUUAUCUUGCUGGGUCUGCAUCUGCUGAAUUUAUUGCUGAUGUUGCCCUAUGUCCCAUGGAGGCUGUGAAGGUUCGUGUCCAAACUCAGCCUGGUUUUGCCAGAGGAUUGUCGGAUGGUCUUCCUAAGUUUGUCAAGUCUGAAGGUGCUCUUGGGUUGUACAAGGGUCUUGUUCCUCUAUGGGGACGACAGAUUCCAUAUACAAUGAUGAAGUUUGCAUCCUUUGAGACUAUUGUGGAGAUGUCAUAUAAGUAUGCCAUUCCAACCCCCAAGGAACAGUGCAGCAAAUCUUUUCAGCUUGGGGUGAGCUUUGCUGGUGGAUAUGUGGCUGGUAUAUUAUGUGCUAUCGUGUCACACCCUGCUGACAACCUGGUCUCUUUUCUGAACAAUGCCAAGGGGGCGACUGUGGGUGAUGCUGUGAAGAAUCUAGGACUGUGGGGUCUCUUCACCCGUGGUCUUCCUCUUCGUAUAGUCAUGAUUGGAACCCUUACAGGAGUCCAAUGGGGUAUCUACGAUGCUUUCAAAGUUUUUGUUGGGCUGCCAACAACUGGAGGUGUUACUCCUGCUCCUGCUGCCACUGUUCCUGCAAAGGUGUGAAAUUGAGCCGAUGAUCUAUCAUUAAACACAAUUUUUAUGUUGAAUUUGAGAAGGGAAUUUACUUUUGGCGGAUCAAUAAUAUGGGGGUUGCAUGGAUGGAUGCUAUAAAUGGCAUCACUGGGGAUGGGUGCUGUAUUCUAUUCAAGACAGACAGUAUCUUUGCAUCAUUCUCAUUUUUGUAGCUAUUUUUUAUUUUUGAGGGGAUGGUUUUGUUUACAUCCUCGAAACCUCUAGGAACUUGAGGUGAAGUUGCAACUUGAAUCUUAGGUGAUGCUAUAAUCUUGGUUUUCCCACUCAGAGGAAUUCCCAAUAAAAUAACUACAGGUUUUUGUGAUCU